AUGGCGAGCCCCAAAGAUCGAGCGAGCCAACCUCCCUCUCGACCUCCAAUCACCUCCCACCACUCCAAUUCCGUUCCUUCCACUCCAUACCAGCAACCUCGAGACAUUCGCUUCCACUCUCGCUCCCCUUCACCAAAUCGAGCAAUUGCCAGCCAAUCUCCCCGAUCCGCCCUGACCGAUUCUAUCGGCGCUCAGAGAUCGGCGCAGGUGGUAUGCAAGUUUGAAACGGGCGCCGAGAUCCGGAAGAGACGGAUACCGUAUGUGGAAGGAGGAAAUGAAGAGCUGGGACCACCAAAGAAAGAGCCCAAGAAGUUUCUGGAGCCGGAUGAGCAUCACAAGUUGAGUGGCGACAUGCGCGAGCUCUACGACCGGCUGUUGCCGUCGCAAGAGAGUGAGGACAGAAAGAAGCAGUUGCUUCGGAAGCUGGAAAGGAUAUUGAACGAGGAGUGGCCGGGGCAGGAUAUUCGUGUGCAUGUUUUUGGCUCUUCUGGCAAUGAUCUGAGCUCGAGCGAUUCGGAUGUCGAUAUUUGCAUCACCACGCCGUUGAAGAAGCUGGAGAGCAUGCAUGCCAUUGCCACACUACUGCACAAGAAUGGCAUGCACAAGGUGGUCUGCAGGGCUUCUGCCAAAGUACCAAUCGUGAAAUGUUGGGAUCCCGAGCUCAAGCUGGCCGCCGACUUGAAUGUCAACAACACGCUUGCGUUGGAGAAUACUCGAAUGAUCAAGACAUAUGUCCAUCUUGACCCGAGGGUACGACAGGUGGCAAAGAUCAUCAAGCACUGGACGAAACGUCGGGUUCUCAAUGAUGCCGCCUUUGGUGGCACCAUCAGCUCCUACACCUGGAUCUGCAUGGUCAUCAACUUUCUGCAGAAGCGGGAGCCGCCGAUUCUCCCUUCGCUGCAAAAGAUGGCAGCAUCCAGCAAGGGCAAUGAGCACCCGAAACCGACUGAUUUUACUGAUGACCCCGAAAAGCUGAAAGGAUUUGGCAAUGCAAACAAGGAGACCCCUGCCGAGCUACUGUUCCACUUCUUCCGACACUACGGCUACGAGUUUGAGUAUUCAAAGUACGUCGUGUCCAUUCGAGAAGGCAGGCCGGUGUCGAGGAAAGAGAAGGGCUGGGAUCCCAGCAAUUACCAGGAUAAAGAAGCGCGAAAUCGUCUCUGUGUGGAAGAGCCUUUUACCAUCAACCGGAAUCUUGGCAACUCUGCAGAUGACUACGCGUGGUCCGGCAUUCAUCAAGAGAUACGACGAGCCUUUGAUCUUCUCGCCGACGGUGCCCAGCUCGAAACGUGCUGCGAACAAUUCGUCUUUCCUCGGGAGGAGAAACCAAUCUUCCAACGACCUGCUCCCAAGCCGAAGCCGACUUUGACGCGGAGUGCAUCGCAAUCAGGCCGCCCGAACAACGAGCCUGGCGCUGGCAAGGCGCCGCGCCGGGAAUCGCAGAGCAUCUAG